UCAUGUGACUCCAGAUCAGUCCGAAGAAAUUGUGGACGAGGUGAGGGUGCAAAAUUGCUGUAAGCGAUGGCGGUAGAAAUGGCAACUGAGGCAUUUGGGAAUGCUUGGGAAGGCUUUCUUGAUAUUGUAGAACCACACCUCCCAGAGUAUCUUCACUGGAAUGAAAUAUGCUGGACAUUUGUUCUGUAUUUGGCAGAAGUAAGACUCUUCAUUCAUCGAAAUACAAGAGGAAUGGAACACUGGGAGAUUGUUACCAACACCAUCAUAUAUAGUUUUGCUGUGUUUGUUGGGUUGCUUGUGUUGAAAUCGUUUCUAGGAUGGCUGUUCUUUCAUGAUAAAAGCUUGAAAACUAGGAUUGUAGAAGCUUUCUUCAGAGUGGUGAAGAAAAUUCCAAUUAUUAAAGACAAGAUUAAAGAUGAAGUUAAUAAGUCACUUGAUGAAAUGACCCAAAUGGCCUUUCCUUUACCAGAAAAUGUGAAUUACAGAAAGAAGCUUCCAGCAAAGGCAUUUUCUGAGGAGGAAAUAGAUGCAGAAAUAGACCUAAUGCAGUCACUGAGUAAAUACAAAUGGGAUGAUGGCCAUGUAUCCGGAACUGUUUACCACGGUGGAAAGGAUUUGACAAAAGUUUUGACAAAGGUUUAUGGGAAAUUUGCUUGGUCAAACCCUUUACAUGCUGAUAUUUUUCCAGAUGUGCGCAAAAUGGAAGCAGAGGUUGUUAGCAUGUGCAUCAAUAUGUUCAACGGAAAUGAAGACUGCUGUGGAACAAUGACAAUCGGUGGCACAGAGAGUAUACUUCUUGCCUGUAAGGCAUACCGGGAUUGGGGAUACGCAAAAGGAAUUACAAGACCGGAAAUGAUUUGUGCGAACACUGCUCAUGCUGCAUUUGACAAGGCCGCGCAUUACUUCAGCAUCAAGCUUGUCCAAAUACCCGUCGACAAGAAAUCAUUUAAGCUGGACCUGAGGGCAAUGAAAAGGGCAAUAAACAGGAACACAGUUCUGAUUGUCGGAUCAUGUCCGCAAUACCCACAUGGAAUCAUCGAUCCAAUCGAAGAAAUGUCGAAAAUCGCAAGUUAAAGGUACCAAGAUCGGCCUACAUGUGACAGCUGUCUUGGGGGAUUUUGGUUUCCCUUCAUGAAGAAGGCCGGAUAUGACCUCACACCAUUCGAUUUCCGAUUGCCUGGCGUCUCCAGUAUAUCCGCUGACACCCAUAAGUAUGGAUAUGCACCAAAAGGUUCUUCUGUUAUCAUGUACAACAGCAAGGAAUUAAGACGUUACCAGUUUCACUGUGCACCAAACUGGACUGGUGGUAUCUAUGCUUCUGCAACGAUUCCUGGAAGUCGGCCAGGAGGUAUUAUUGCUGCAACCUGGGCUGCAAUGAUGCUGCAAGGAGAAGAAGGUUACGUUGACUGCACAAGACAAAUCAUCAAGACUCGACAGUUUAUUGAAAGAGAGUUUCGUAAGAUUAACGGUCUGGUAGUUUACGGCGAACCAGAAGUGUCGGUGGUUGCAUUCUCAUCAGACAAGUUUGAUAUUUUCCGAUUAUCAACUGCCCUUGUGGAAAAAGGAUGGAAUUUGAACCCACUUCAAUUCCCUGCCGGUAUGCACAUUUGCUGCACGAUGCAGCAUACACAACCUGGAGUCGCGGAAAAAUUCGUAGCGGAUGUGAAAGGCGAAGUCGCUGAGCUGAUGAAGAACCCCACUGGACCGACCACGGGAGUGGGUGCAUUGUAUGGUAUGGCACAGAGCGUUCCAGAUAGAUCCAUUAUCAAUGAAUUAGCGUUUGGCUAUCUCGACGCAUAUUACUCAACCGACAAACUGCAAUCAUCUAAAGGGAACGAGAAUAAGGUGGCGAAUGGAGCAGCGAAAAUUCCUAAUGAUAAGAGCAACGUUAAAGAUGGUAGUGCUAAAAAGCGGGCCAGCAAAAAUGGCAGCGUAAAGCACUGAAUGACAUUUUAUGCAUUGAAACAAGCUACAUUGUAAUAAAAGUAUUUCACGCUUUUAAAAACUUAUUUUUUAUCGCAAAUUAAAAAAUGAUUUGAUGCAGACACGUUUAGCAAUUACCUUAAGAACCAAGUUUUUCGUUGAGGUAUCAAGAGUUGAACUUUCUCUUGUACGAAAUAUUUAGGCCAUAAAACUCUCCCCGACAUUUCAUUGCGUGUUUCGUAACAAUGCUUCGUAACAAGUCUGAAGCACUUUCAUAUUUAGUACGAUAAUUUCAAGAUCUCAAUGUUGGCAUCUACCCGGUUUUUAGACAUUGUCGUGUGAUAUUUCUCUCUGUCUCUGUCCAAGUACGGAGUUAUAAAUCAUAGCAAAAGAUAAAACAACAAUUUUGCUUCAUAUAUUUAUAUAUAUUUGAAGCUCAGUCCACCAACAACCAUGAAUUCAUUACACUGAUCUGAUUUGAAUAGAACUUGAGUUUUCCAAAUGGUUAAUAAGACAUACAGUAUUGCAUGGGUUUGUUACUUAUUUUUCCCCUUUAAAACAACAAUAAUAUAAUUUGUGUGUGCUAAUUAUCCAGUUUUGUUUUCAUAGAACUUAUAACAUAGAAGCAGAUGUUUUGAAACGGGAAGUAGCUAUUAUGAUUUUCGUGUUCUCGCAUUUUUCUUUGAGAAACUAUGGCUGGUAGACAAAAGCUUGAAAGUCUGUCAAAACACCGCCGUAAACUACCAGGCCAGUAGAGAAGCUCUUGCUCGAUUGA